AUGAGGAGAAGUCUCUUCUGGGUGAGCAAUAUCCACUGCGCUUCGUGCGUGGCCUAUGUCACCGAGGUCCUUUCUGAGAUCCCUACGGUCCAAGACGUCGAUGUGUCGAUCUUGACACAUGAAGUGCGCGUAUCGCAUGGAAUCUCUGUACAACCGGAACACUUGGCUGCUGCUCUCAUUCAGGCCGCCUUCGAAGUUUAUCAUGUCACAACCUAUGAUGACCGGGGAGCCAUCGUUUCCGAGCUCGAUACUACCUCUUGGAAUCAUCGCGGCUCGGGCUUUUUCUCGCCUCGCGCCUCUUAUUCUAGCCUCUCAUCAAACAUCAAAGAAAGGCUACACAAUAGUCGAGAGAAAGGACAUAUUGCCAACUGUGAUGCCUGCAAGAAGGAACAAGCUCAGCAAUUCUCUCCCGACUCCACUCAAACUGAAGUUGGCACUUUCAAUGAAAAGUCUCCUCGGGCUCCCGCCUGGAAAGAAACCGACGAUGAUGGACAUAGCCAACAAACUACGGAUUUGGAACGAUCACCAACAAGUGCAAUAUCUCACGCAGCACCGUCGGCGGCGACCUCAGAGACUCGGGUAGAACGCCCAGUGGAUUUCUCCAUCUCAAUUCCCCCUGAAAUCACUGAAACAGCUCGAUCAACUCCAUCUCAGACGGACGACGAGUUCACCGCACGGAUUAGCAUCGCUGGCAUGAGUUGUGCAUCCUGUGUCAAUAGUGUUACUGCUGCUGUUCAAGACCUUGAUUAUGUAAGAGAGAUUUCCGUCAACCUGCUCACCAAUAGCGCGGCUCUCGUAUACACAGGACCUCGGGGAAAUAUUGACACUAUCAUUGGUCAAAUCGAGGAUAUUGGAUUUGAAGCCUUUAUUGAUGAAGUCAAUCCAGUCCCCAAGCUCUUGGCCCCUCAAACGGGUCCCAGACUCUAUGUCACCGAGAUUGCCAUCACGGGCAUGACUUGUGGUUCCUGCGUAGGCGCCGUCACUCGAGGCUUGGAGGAGCUACCUUUCGUGCGCAAUGUUUCUGUCAACCUCCUGUCCCAUAGUGGAAAGAUCGAAUUUGAAGGACGAGAGAAUCUGGAUAAAAUCGUGGAGAAGAUUGAUGGCAUGGGAUACGAGGCUGCAGUUAACAGCGUCGAUACCGUGUCUACAACAGAACAAGCAUACAACCCCGUCCAAACGAGAACAAUUUCGGUUCGCGUCGAUGGCAUGUUCUGCCACCACUGCCCCGAGAAAGUCCUGGCCUCCCUGGAGUUGCUUCACAAUGUCACCGUGGACGAGAUCCCCACCGAGAAAAAGCCCAUCAUCAGAGUCACCUAUACACCUGCACCGCCUACCUUGACUGUCCGUUCAAUUCUUACGGCCAUCAAUGAGGCCAGCAGUGGGUUCACUGCUAGCAUCUACCACCCGCCUACCAUUGAAGAUAGGUCUCGGGCAAUGCAGCUCCAUGAACGACGCAGGCUACUCACUCGCCUGCUCUUUGUCUUUGUAGUCGCAAUCCCGACCUUCCUCAUUGGAAUCGUUUUCAUGUCACUUGUCCCCUCUGAGAAUGCGACCCGAAUGUACCUGGAGCAGACGAUCUGGUCUGGUAGCGUCACUCGCAUCGAAUGGGCACUAUUCAUCAUGUCAACGCCGGUCAUGUUUUACGGCACUGAUGUUUUCCAUACACGUGCGCUCAAGGAAAUCCAUGCCUUGUGGCGUCCAGGAAGCCGGGUCCCUAUUUUGCGGAGAUUCUAUCGCUUUGGCAGCAUGAAUCUUCUGAUUUCGGCGGGUACAUCAGUUGCAUACUUCGCCUCCCUGGCUGUACUCAUUGUUGACGCGGUGGUUGGGACCAAAACAAGUGCUCAUAGUACCACUUACUUUGACUCUGUGGUCUUCCUGACGCUCUUCAUUCUCGCUGGUCGUUUCCUGGAGGCAUACAGCAAAGCCCGAACUGGUGAUGCCGUUUCAUCACUCGGCAAUCUCCGGCCAUCGGAUGCAUUGCUGGUCGAGAAUCAGUCCGCGGAUACCGGUGCUUCUGCGGGCCUUGGUUCAGAUCAAAUGACCCGCAUCGGUGUUGAUCUCCUGGAGAUUGGUGACAUCGUUCGCAUUCCGCAUGGUGCAUCUCCACCUGCCGAUGGGCUAGUUGUCAGUGAAGCUUCAUUCCAGUUUGACGAGAGUUCUCUCACGGGAGAGUCCCGGCCUGUCAAGAAAGCCGCCGGAGAUCAGGUCUUCACCGGCUCAGUCAACGUUGGCCAGCCCGUGCAGAUUCGCAUCACCGAGCUUGGCGGGUCAUCCAUGCUCGACCGAAUCAUUGCCGUGGUUCGCGAGGGUCAGAGCAAGCGGGCUCCCUUGGAAAGAGUUGCAGAUCUGCUCACCUCUCAUUUCGUUCCUGUCAUUACCUUGAUUGCUAUUCUUACUUUUGUCAUCUGGCUCGCCCUCGGUCACUCAGGUGCCCUCCCCAUCGACUACCUCGACAUUGCUCGUGGUGGCUGGACUUUCUGGAGCCUGGAAUUUGCUAUCGCCGUCUUCGUUGUCGCAUGCCCCUGUGGUCUGGCACUUGCUGCGCCAACUGCACUCUUCGUGGGUGGCGGUCUUGCGGCGAAGCAUGGUAUUCUUGUGAAAGGUGGCGGCGAAGCCUUCCAAGAGGCCAGUCGUCUCGACGCUAUAGUUUUCGACAAGACUGGCACUCUGACCGAGGGUGGAAGCCUCAAAGUCACUGAGCACGAAGUCCUCACAAAAGACGAGGAACUUUUGAAAGUUGCAUGGACCCUGGCGCGGAAGCUGGAAGAGAGUAGCAACCACCCAAUCGCCCAGGCAAUCUCUAUUUUCUGCCAAGUGCAGCCAAUGGUCAACGUUAUGUCCUCUGAUAUCCAAGAAAUUUCAGGCCAGGGAAUGAAGGGUAUCUUCACAGUGACUGUUGAGAACUCUGGAAGUGGCCAACAGUAUGAAGCUGCAAUUGGCAAUGAGCGCCUUCUUCAUAGUGUCCUCCCUGACAACAGCGAUACAUACUUCAUCUCCAGUCUGCUUUCAAAGUUUCAAUCCAGCGGCAAAUCCACUGCCAUUCUAUCCUUGCGUCGCCACUCUUCCGAAACAUCCUCGUUUGUCCCCGCCAUCGUCUUUGCGACAUCGGACACAAUUCGGCCGGAGGCAGUUGAUGUGAUAUCUCAACUUAACAAGCGACACGUUGAGGUUUUCAUGUGUACGGGCGAUAACCAGACAACCGCACACGCUGUCGCUGAAAUGCUGGGUAUCUCUCGCUCGAACGUCAUGGCCAACGUUUUGCCCGCGGAGAAGGCAAGCUUCGUACGACAAGUCCAAGAUGGCUCGGUUCACUCUACAACACCAAGCGUCGGAGCGCAGGGCCCUCAAGGCCAGAUGGGAACACGUUCAAUCGUGGCUUUCGUCGGAGAUGGUGUCAACGAUUCUCCCGCUCUCGCAGCCGCAGAUGUCAGUAUCGCAAUGGCAUCCGGCUCAGAUAUCGCCAUCAACUCCGCUAGCUUCAUCUUGCUUAACUCGGAUCUGAGCACGAUUUUACAACUCGUCAUUCUUAGCCGUCGUGUAUUCAACCGUGUGCGGAUGAAUUUUGGCUGGGCCGUCGUUUAUAACUUGUGUCUUGUUCCUGUCGCUGCUGGUGUCUUCUACCCGAUCGUGAGUGGCCACCAUCAGAAGAUGGUUGGUGGUGAGAUGAUCACUAUGAAUGAACACUGGAGGUUGAGUCCUGUAUGGGCCGCGUUGGCUAUGGCACUGAGCAGCAUUUCAGUUAUCUCAAGUAGCCUGGCCUUGAGGAUUAAUAUGGAGAGUGUGAAAAGGUUCCUGCGAUGGAGGAGAUCCGAGCGUGAAUAA